AUGGAAAUACUGUCAUUUCAGAAGAGCUUUGGCUUUGGAAGGCACUGGAGAAGGGGGAAAUACCAACGACUGGAUGUUGCAAACAAGAGGAACGUGAAGAUGGUAAGGUUGGGAGGGAAGCAGCGGCGGUUUUGGAGGAUCAGGCAAAUCCCAAAGCUGCAUCUGAAGAUUAUUUCGCCUUUGAAACUGCUUGCCAAGCUUAAGAAUGCUUACGUGAGCAUGAUGCUCAACUUGUCUGGGAGCGUGGGGGCCUUGAACUCUGGAAAUGUUUUUGGUGGAAAGCGGGUUCCAAAGGCCCGACAAGUUCCAAUAGCUUAUUCAAACGAAGAAUUCGAUAACAGGCUGGUUCUUGAGAUUUACAAGUCGAUGAUAGCUUCUCGUGAAUUAGGAUACAUGUAA